UAAGAUUGUAACCAAGACUUAAUAGUAAAACAUGGCUCAGAUGAAAGGCUUGUUCGCUGUGCUCGCUGUGGUGGCCAUUGUCCUUUUGGCCGCCGACUCGUCUUCGGCCGUGGAUUGCCUAUCUGGAACAUUCAGUGGUCCUUGCUGGGCCUGGGAUGGAGAGCAGUGCCGUCGCCUCUGCAGGGAGGAAGGACAUGUGAGUGGACACUGCAGCGCCAGCCUGAAGUGCUGGUGCGAAAACUGCUGAGAUCCCCUCAGCUCUCAACGUGUUCAUAUUCUGGAAUGUCCAAACAUGUUUCAAGCAUUUUUUAUUGUUUUAAAACAGAAAAUAAAGAAAAUACAUAACGACAAAUAA